CUUUGGCUUAUUGAAGCAGCAAAUAAGAUUCAGCCAUGGGAACCGCACCGGAGAAGACAAUCCUCAAAAGCCCAGCCCUUCAAAAGUACAUUUUAGAAACAUGUGCUUACCCCAGAGAGCACGAGCAAUUGAAGGAACUUAGAGAGGCCUCAGUCAAGAAAUAUCCGUUUUUGAGUGUGAUGAAUGUGCCCGUAGAUGAAGGUAUACUCCUCUCAAUGCUUAUAAAGAUCAUGAACGCGAAGAAGACAGUAGAGAUUGGAGUCUUUACUGGUUACUCUCUUCUUUGUACUGCUCUAGCACUGCCAGCUGAUGGCAAGAUACUAGCUGUUGAUCCAAAUAGGGAAGCAUAUGAGGUUGGAUUGCCAUUUAUUCAGAAGGCUGGAGUGGAGCAAAAGAUUAACUUCAUUGAGUCAGAUGCCUCCUCAAUUCUAAAUGCUCUAAUUGCUGACGGCAAAGAAGAAGGAGCAUUUGAUUUUGCAUUUGUGGAUGCCAAUAAGGAAGACUACAUAAAAUACCAUGAGCUACUUUUGAAACUGGUUAAGAUUGGGGGAAUAAUUGCGUACGAUAAUACCUUAUGGUCUGGGUCGGUUGCGGUGGCUGAGAAUGAUGAGAUGAACGAACGAAUAAGGAAAGGCAGAAAACAUUUCAUAGAGUUGAACAGCAUUCUAGCAAUUGAUCCUCGUAUCGAAUCAUCCCUCAUUUCAAUUGCUGAUGGCCUCACCCUCUGCAGGCGCCUCUAUUAAAGAAAUCAACAAACUCAAG